UCGAGGGUGCGGAGCACGAGGGAGCAGAGCCACGAGGGCCCGCGGGGAGAGCUGAAGAAGAGGGAUCUCGGGCCGGAAGACUGCCGGGAGUUGUUGCCCAGCCCCGGCGAGGCGGACAUCGGGCCCGGAUGCUCGCGAGGACGAGACGCCGGAAGCGCUGCCACGUUGGAAGGGAAAAUAUUGACGGCCGUCAACAAGUUCCUUACAACGUCCCCUUUGGUUAACAAGGUCAAGUUGCUGAUGACGAGACAGAGCAGCGGCGCGGUGGGAAACGGCGAGAGGAAAGAUGCCGACGAUUGUUCCCCGCGGGCGCCUACGCCGACGUCGAUGACGGUGAGCACGACGACGCCGAUGACCUCGACGGCGGCAUCGCCGACGCCGACCGUUUCUACAGGGUUGACGGACCUGCAAUACCGACGACGACGGCAACAGCAGCAGCAGCAGCAGCAGCAGCAGCAGCAGCAGCAAUUGUCCUUGAUGCAGUCGACGGACUCGACCGUCGCUUCCUCGUCGUCCACCUGCGACGAUUCCAGCAGGCUCUCCGCGAAUGUACUCUUCUCCCUGCCGACCUCGCCCAAGCGCUCGUCGGCAAGCCACUUCUCGUCCAGCAAGGCGCCCGCUAUAUCAAAGUCGCAGAUGAAGGAAUUCCGAGAGGCCUUCAGGCUGUUUGACAAGGACGGCGACGGGACUAUCACGAAGGAAGAACUCGGCAGGGUGAUGCGUUCCUUGGGACAAUUUGCGAGGGCGGAGGAGCUGAGGACAAUGCUGCAGGAGAUUGACAUCGACGGCGACGGAAACGUCAGCUUCGAGGAAUUCGUCGAGAUCGUCAGCAACAUCGGUGCGAGCACAGCGGCGCCCACCGAUCAGCAUCAGGAGGAGCAGGAAUUGCGGGACGCAUUCCGGGUAUUCGACAAACAUAAUCGUGGCUACAUCACCGCGUCGGACCUCAGGGCGGUGCUGCAAUGCCUGGGCGAGGAUCUGUCCGAGGAGGAGAUCGAGGAUAUGAUCAAGGAAGUGGACGUGGACGGGGACGGCCGGAUUGAUUUCUACGAAUUCGUUCAUGCCCUCGGCGAGCCGGGAAUCGACGAGGACGAAGAGGACGACGAAGAGGAUCUGCAAUCUCCGCUGUUCUAAGAUCGCGUCUAAUCUAUCUCAUCUCUUUGUUAGAUAAACCCGACUCGAUACGGGCAACAGGAAGAUGCGCGAUCGCAUUUUCACGAAAAUAUUCUUCCUCUCGCGUUUGCAAUUCGAAUCGCGCGAUCACGCCUGGCGAACGAGACGAGGCUCGUCCCUUUAAACUUCGACAACUCGUCUGCGUUUCAUUAGCUCUCGCUCUUCUCAAACUCUUCGAGUUGGUUUCAGUGCUGGGACGCGAGCGUCCCGCUAAGCGUAUCGUGAAUAGAAAUAAUAAGAAAAAAAAAAUCUGCACCGAGCUACACGUUUACUCGCUCGCGAAUGGUUGCGAGUGCAGCACGAAUUUCGCAUUCUUGAUGUAUGCUAAAUGAAUCGUCUCGAUUUAUCGAGGAUUCUCGACAAAUUGCUCCUGCGCAUCGAUAGCAUGUGGAGACUCGUCGUCGUGAUUGACCGUCAUCGGGGCUCGCCGCUGAGAGAAGAACGCACGAUGUAACACCGGAAGAAAAACAGAAGAAAAAGAAGCCCGCGAAAAUCAAAAUGGCAAGGAUAUCGAAAAGGGAGGGGCGGGCGCGUCGUCGGGCGCGAGAAUAUUCGGAUUGCCACGCGGCGCGCGAAUGAGCGCUAUAUAUCGCCACAUAUAUGCAGAAUGUAAAAGACCAGAAGCGUUCCCGCUGGCACGAUUUUAACGAGUCGCUGAUAAGCGCCGCGGAUAAUUACGCGGGGGCGGUCGGUCGGUAAGACCAGACUCCGUGAAAUUUCGCCGCGCUGGACAACGGCGGCGAUAAGCGCGUUCCUGGCAGCGCGCUGCGCCAACGAGUUCGCUAUUAAAACGGAGCGGAUAAAUCAUCAGCGGUCGGCCACGGUGACUCUCUCUCUCUCUCUCUCUCUCUCUCUCUCUCUCUCUCUCUCUCU